ACAGCAUUCAUCUAAAUGUUUACAAGUGAAGACAUUACUAAAUUUGAAGCAUUUGAUAAUUACAAUUUUGAUAAAGAUGAACAAUUUCAGUUAGGUAUUUCGUCAUUGUUGAACAAUAAACAAGACAAUGAAGUUGAAUUAGUUGAAAGAGCUAAAAUAUUUUAUUAUACAAAAUUUAUAGAAAACUUUGAUAUUGAAGAAUAUAAAACGUGGAAAAAAGGGAGUCAAGAAACGAUGAUGAAAGGAAAGGAUAUGAAUGAGAAAGAAAAUUCAGCUACAAGAUUUACAUUUCAAGAAAUUGUAGAUAUGAUUGAAAAGGGUAUCGAAAUUCCAGGCAUUAAACAAAUUCCUAAUGUUUUAAAUGAAGGAACUCCAAGUGAGUCUAAAAUGUUAGCAAGACCAAAACCAUGGGAAAUGAAAAAAUAAAAGACAUGAUUAUGUCGCUACCAAAUGAUAAUGAUGUAAUUCUGGAUCAGGAGUGCCUGGUACUGAAAUUGAAUAUUUUGAUUUAAUAGUUGCUUUAUAAGGUAAUCUACUCAAUGAUAAUGAUGCUGAAGAAGGUAGAUUAUUUUUUCUUCUUAUAACAAUAGAGGGUCGUUCAUGAUUUUCUUUUUUUAUAUGUAAAUAUCCUUUUAUUCUUUCUAUACACGUUGAUAAUAACCAAUUUGUUGAUUCAAUUGUUAAAUCUGAUAUUAUUUCAAUUCCAAGUAAUGUUAGUCUAAAGAAUAUAAAAGAAGAAGUAAUCGUACUCGUGAUUAUCGCUAAGAUUGCCAAAAAUAUAACAACUAAUAAUAUAAAUGGCGUAAACAAUACACAUCCAAUUGUUGAUAAUUGCAUCUAAUAUAUAAUAAAAAUAAGGAAAAAGAAAAGAAAAGGAAAAGAAAAGAAAAGAAAGGAAAAGAC